ACUGCGUGUGCGCACUACUGCCGACUCGGACGCGUUCGCACACACAUGCGCACGUGUCUACGCGCACACAUGGCUCCUCUCACCUUUUUCUCCCUCCUCAUCCUCCUUGCUGGAAGCCCAGGUGCUCUUGGUGUGUGGACCUUACAUAAGGUCCUUGGUCAGAAAGGCGCUUCGAUCACAGUCCCCUGCCACUAUGACCCGAAAUACAAGGACAACACCAAGUACUGGUGCAGAGGAUACCAGUGGGCCACGUGCCUCGUGAUGGCACGGAGCACGUCCACCCAGAGCGGAGGAAAAGUGUCGAUCAGGGACGAGUCGUCGCAGCAGCUCUUCAUCGUGACCAUGAGAAACCUGACGGAGAGGGACACCAAUAAGUACUGGUGCGCAGUGAAGAUCGGGAGCAUUGUGAAACCUGACGUCAAGGCCUCUGUGUUCCUUACAGUCACUGCUGGCUCCGUUGGUCUCUCGGUGCUGGACAACAUGGUGGCCGGUGUGGCUGGGGACAGUGUGACUGUGCGCUGCUUCUACAGGGAUCGCUACGCCCUCAGCCCACGCAAGUGGUGCAGAUCCAGCGACUGGGGCUCCUGUGUAACGGCCGGAGAGGCCAGAGCCAACCGUGUCCUCAUCAGUGACAACGGGACGGGGGUUUUCGCAGUGACUCUGAAGGCGCUGACUGAAAAGGACCAGGGCUGGUACUGGUGUGCAUCUGGGGAUGCUCAGGUCCCCAUACACAUCACUGUAAUGACACCAGCUACAGCAACACAGCCUGUGACUGAUAACUCAUCUUCUCGGACGACUCCGCACAAAACAACUGUUUCCAAUGCAUCAACAGCAGCAUCAGCAGUCUCAGCUGUACCACCACCACCAACACGGGAAGGAUCAUCAGAUCUGCCAAUUACCCUGCCAGCAGGCGUCUCAACUCUUCCAUCAAGGGGCGAAAUACCGGCAGGGUCCAACCUUCCAUCAAUGCGAGAAUCAAAAACAGUUUCAACUCUUCCAUCAACAACGGAGUCACCAGUAGGGUCAACUCAUCCAACAGUGAGAGAACCAGCAGUAGUGUCACCUCUUCCAGUGAGAACAUCAUCAGUUGGAUCAGCACUGUUGACAACAGGAUUUACUGUACUACACCCAAAUUCCUCACCUUUGACCAAAUGGACUGGGACAACCAAAACAACCCCAUCUUCUCCGCUGACAUCCGCUGGUCUGACAGACAGGGAUUUCCAGAAAGAGCAUAGGAGCCACGUGACACAGUCUUUCUGGAUCAUUGGUGCAAUUCUGCUGAUUUUGGCCACAGUUGUCUUAGUUGCCUGGAAGUGGAGACAUCAGCGAGACAUGAAAUCCAGCUGUGAGAUGGAAGAAAUAGUGACCAACCUCACAGUUGACGUGGAGGAUGAGAGCAACCACACAGAUCCUGAUGUUGUCCUCUAGAGGCUGCCAGCCCAGAGUGAGCCCAAGUGUUAGUUCAGCCAGGACUCAUCACUGCUGAGACAUUGUGUGUUUUCCACUGAGAUGUGGAAAAACAAAGCACUUGGACUUUUUGUGACAGAACAUUCAAACGCCUUAUUUCAACUGCUGACAUGACACAUGGACACGACACAUUACUGUGCAGUACUAAUUUUUACUAUUCAUUCACAGAGCUGAAAGAAAUUUUCUUUUAUUAUGUUUUUACUGUGUAUAUAUCCAGACAUGCGUUGCUUAAUGAAGGGGAUACGUUCUGAGAAAUGCAUUAUUAGGCAAUUUUGUCUUUGUGUGAACAUCAUAGAGUGUAAUUAUACAAAGCUAGAUGGUAUAGCCUCUAUCACAGAUUAUGCUAAAACAAACCUAGAUGGUAUAGCCUCGAUCACAGCGUGUACUUAUACAAAGCUAAAUGGUACAGCCUCGGUCACAGAGUGUACUGAUACAAGCCCAGAUGGUAUAGCCUCGAUGCAGUCAAGAGAUGCAGUAAACAUGAGAUUUGUGAUGCUGCUGGCAUAACAAAGUAUACUGUUUUACAUUAAACUUUUUUAUAACUAGAAAGAGUACACUGUAAUAAUAAGGAUAAAAAGUACAGUUUAGU